AUGGAUGCCUGUAGAGGACGUGAUAAAGAGAUAAUCCACUGCAUCGGUGAGGGUGGCCUAACGUGUGAUGGAGACAAGACUGAGGGGGAUCCAGCCUCUAUGACCGAGAAUAAGAAGCUGAGCAAAGAUCAGAGUGGUAGCCACAUAGCCAGAAAGAUCGACUCUUUUGUUACCAUUCCAUUUCGCGUACAGUCUUCGGCAUGUGCUCGGCCACUUUGCUUGUUGGAUCCAGCUGCAUUUUGCUUUCACCUCAUCUUUGGCGAAUGGGUUGACUAG